GAGUUGGGACUUGUACCCCAACAAACAGCCUAGACGGCCGUGCAUGAGGGCCUCGAGAGGAGGUGAAGAGAGACAAUUUCAGCAAGUUGAGGCCCUCCACGCAUCAUGAGGCAAUUGAAAUAUUCCGAGAAGAAGCUCCUGAAGCACACUGACUUCCUCAAGUGGGAGGUAGACAACAACCUGCAGGAAGUUAAGAUUAUGAAGAGAUAUCUGAUACAGAGAAGAGAAGAUUACACCCUAUACAACAAGAUGGCCAGAGAGACGAGAGAACUGGCAAAUAAAAUAAAGGAUUUGGAUCCCAAAGACCCAUUCAGAGCAGAAGCUAGUGGAAACCUCCUUGAAAAAUUGUACACCAUGGGACUGGUUCCAACCAAGUGGAACUUGCAGUUCUGCGAUCGUGUCUCGGCUUCAUCGUUCUGUCGUCGACGUCUUCCAUGUCUCAUGGUUCGAAAUAAAAUGGCCCCAAAUUUACGUACUGCUGUCACAUUCGUCGAGCAAGGCCAUGUCCGAGUUGGUGCAGAGGUUGUGAAAGACCCUGCCUUCCUUGUCACAAGACCCCUGGAGGACUAUGUGACGUGGGUAGACACCUCUGCCAUCAGGAAACACGUCAAACAAUACAACGAAGAAAGAGAUGAUUUUGACCUCAACAACUGUUAGUGGUUAUUUCAGUUUUCUAUACAAAUAAAAAUUAUAGUUUUG